AUGUCGGCCGACAACUGGAAAAUGUUACAAGCGAGUCAAUUAAAUGAUGAGAUCGUAAACGAAAUAGGUGUCAGUAGCACGGUUUUGUUACACACAGUCGUAUCCAACAAGGCCUAUGGUAGCUAUAUAAAGCAGGAUAAAUGGUCUGACCUUAAGAAGUCGGUAGGAUCUCGGACAUGCUCCAUAGAAGUGUUCGAGCACGCAGGACUUUUGACAUUGGAUAUUUUAUUGAAGUGUAUAUUCAGCCAAGACAGUAACUGUCGAACUACAAGUUCUCAACACCCAUAUGUCAGUAGCGUUCAUGCUCUAACAUAUCUGAUAGCUGAACGCGUUAGCUGUAUACCUUACCACAACGACAUGGUAUAUAACUUGUCCAUCAGUGGAUUUAAAUUCAGGAAAGCCCUCAGAUCAGUUCAUGGUUAUUCUGCACGAGUUAUUUAUGAACGAAAUCAAUCUCUGCUACAAGAUGGAGAUGUAACACUUAAAAGGAAAAACAUCGAUUUUUUAGAUAUUCUCUUGACUGCUAAGGAUGAAGAUGGUAAUGGUCUGUUUGACCAAGAAAUUCAGGAUGAAGUUGACACAUUUAUGUUUGAGGGACACGAUACAACUUUGAAAAACACAGAAGCUGCAUUGGCCAAAUUCUAUAGUCGAUCGAAAGAAUUAAGCCCAGCGUCAGUGUUAUGGCUUGGACCAUUUGCACCAGUAGUAUUGCUCAAUCAUCCACAGACCGUAAAGGUUAUAUUGUGCGCUACAGAUCCGAAAGAUGAUUUAUUUUACCACAUGUUAAAACCAUGGUUAGGCGAUGGACUUCUAAUGAGCAAAGGACAGAAAUGGUUUAGAAAUCGACUACUUGUGACUCCAGGAUUUCAUUUUGGCAUUCUCAGACCUUAUGUACAGAUAUACAAUGAAUGUGUGAAGACGAUGUUGGAUAAAUGGUCUGAUCUAUGGAAGUCAGUGGGGUCUCGGACAUGCUCUAUAGAAGUGUUCGAGCACGCAGGACUUUUGACAUUGGAUAUUUUAUUGAAGUGUAUAUUCAGCCAAGACAGUAACUGUCAAACUACAAGUUCUCAACACCCCUAUGUCAGUAGCGUUCAUGCUCUAACAUAUCUGAUAGCUGAACGCAUUAGAUGUAUACCUUACCACAACGACAUGAUAUAUAACUUGUCCAUCAGUGGAUAUAAAUUCAGGAAAGCCCUCAGAUCAGUUCAUGGUUAUUCUGCACGAGUUAUCCAAGAACGAAAACAAGCUCUGCGACAAGAUGGAGGUGUCACACUCAAAAGGAAAUACAUCGAUUUUCUAGAUAUUCUCUUGACUGCUAAGGAUGAAGAUGAUAAUGGUCUGUCUGACAAAGAAAUUCAAGAUGAAGUCGAUACCUUUAUGUUCGAGGGACACGAUACAACUGCCAGUGGGUUAUCCUGGUGUAUGUAUUAUCUUGCAACUCAUCCGGAACAUCAAAGAAAAUGCCAAGAAGAAGUUGAUAACUUGUUGAAUGAAAGAGCAAUGGAUGAAAUUGAAUGGGAUGAUCUAAGCCAUUUGCCGUAUACAACAUUAUGUAUCAAGGAGAGUAUGAGAAUCAGAAGUCCUGUGCCCGUCAUUGGACGUGAAUUAACAACACCACUGACCCUUCCAAAUGGAAGAGUGAUUCCUGCAGGGUAUAACGUAAUAAUACCAAUAUGUUUAUUACACCAUAAUGAACUUAUAUGGGAAAAUCCAACCAGGUUUGAUCCAACCAGAUUCUUGCCAGAAAAUGUAAAGGAUCGAUCUCCAUUUGCAUUCACACCCUUCUCGGCAGGACCAAGAAAUUGUAUUGGACAACAUUUUGCAAUGAAUGAGAUGAAAAUCGUGAUUGCGAGGACACUACGUAGAUUUGACCUUUCACCUGUACCAGAUAAUCCUCCACAGAGAGUGCAUACUCUUGUCACCAGAUCGUCAAAUGGAAUUCACCUGCAUGUCCAGCCUAGAAAUAUGGGAUAA